UGAUUUGGAUGCGGAGGCGCUCAUCCUCUCAUUGUGCCCAUCGGGCACCGAACGAUAUUCUUCAGUUAAUCUAUUGACGUACCCUUUCGGAGUUGUUGCCGCUGAUCUGGCCGACGAGAUGGGUCUAAUCGAGAAUGUUGGCAAUGCGCCGGAGGCCGCACAUUUGUUCGUUGCAAUUUUUUUUGCCCUGGGUUUCGUUCCGGCUAGAUUUUUGCUCAAUUCUCUCGUUUAUAAGAGGCUGGCAAUCAGAAUGUUGUACGGUCCUGCUGUUUCAUUGAUGGCAGAUGUGACUAGAAAGGCAAAGUUUAUCAAGUGCACAGAGUCUAUGUGGAAGUUGACAUACUAUGCUUGUGUGCAGAUGUGGGUAAUUUCAAUCCUUAAACAAACACCUUGGGCCAUGAAUACGAAGGAGUAUUUUAGAGGGUGGCCGAACCAGGACUUGGGGUUGCCAAUGAAGCUGUUCUAUAUGUGCCAGUGUGGGUUUUAUCUUUACAGUAUUGGUGCUCUUCUGGCUUGGGAAACCCGAAGAAAAGAUUUCUCUAUUAUGUUCUCCCAUCACAUAAUCACUUCAGUUUUAAUUGGAUAUUCCUACUUGACGAGUUUUUUCCGUAUUGGAACCGUAAUUCUCGCCCUUCAUGAUACGAGCGAUGUAUUUCUGGAAGCAGCAAAAGUUUCCAAGUAUGCAGGGAUGGAGAUGGCAGCUAGCCUAUUUUUUGCUUGUUUUGCAUUAUCAUGGUUUUUGCUGCGAUUGAUAUUCUUUCCCUUUUGGAUAAUCAAAACAUCAAGUUACCACUUGAUCGAGUCAUUGAUGAAGUCUGGUCAAUUUUCUAGAUCAUCAUAUUAUAUUUUCAAUGUCAUGCUUUUAACGCUUCUGGUAUUCCACAUCUACUGGUGGAAACUCAUAUGUGCAAUGAUUAUUAGACAACUUCAAAAUCAAGGAAAAGUGGGGGAAGAUAUUCGUUCAGAUUCUGAAGAUGAGGAAAGCUGACAUAAUUUGCAACAGAAGACUGAUAUUAGUUUCCUUGUACUCCAAAAUCUUCUUUCUGACUGCAAUUCAUUCCUCCUUUAUCUCACUUUUUGCUUGUGUAAAUUUGUAGGCCAUUUUCUGUUUUUUCUUUUUCUUUUUUCUCUUAAUAUGUUGGAAAAUAGA